AUGGCGCAGACACCCCUCACGGACGGCACAUUUCCUGCAGCCGCUUACCCACGGUGGAGUUCGCACGACUUCGAUACCUUAUCCGUCUCUGCGCCAGUGUCACUGGCGCCAGUUACACGCACAGAAGCGGCCGAUCGGGCGACGGGCAGGUGGAAAGGAAUCAAUCCAAUGAUAGAGCAAGAAAAGAGCCUCCCACCAAAUCGGAGCGGGCCACCAACGCUCUCCGUCUCCAUAUCUGACGAACAAGGCAUGAUCGGCCUUCAAGUGCUGCGUGGUAUCGGCAUCAUCGCCCGCACCGCCAAAAGAGCUCGAUCCGGCGAUACGACCCAAAAACCAGCCGCUCAUGCCUGCACCAGCCCUCGCUCUUGCGCCGCCCCGCUCACACGAGUCACUCGUCAGAGUCCGGCCAAUCCCAACCGGUGCCACAUGGACGCGGAACAGUUUGCAGAUGAUGACCAACUACAACGACCUGUUUGCGCUAAAGGCCGCGGAAAGACGCGUUCGCGGAGAAGCUUUGGGGUUAGCGAGCACGUCAAGGCGCCACACAAUAGGGCAGGAUUAGCAGUCCCACGUACAGGUGCAGCAGCCAUGGCGUAUUUCAAGCCCAUGGUCGCCGUUCAUCACAGAAACGGACAUGAUCGUCCGGACGCUGCUGUCGUGCAUCGGCUGCAUUGCCUACGCAACGUCCAUACCACUAGAGCAGGCCCGAUACGGACCAAAUACCAGUCGCUCAGUCCUGCACGGGCUUUUACCCCUGCUCCCGCUGCUCUCGGCGCAAGCAACUCGACUGUCGGCGCAUUGAUCAUGCGAUGGUCUGAUGGUGAAGGGACGCGGAAGGGUGGCGCCUCCAUAUCGUUUCUCAACCAUAAACGCGACCACCAUCAAGGAAACGACACCACAGACGCUGACUCUCAUCCGCGUUUCGGCCCAAGGUUGAGCGAGACGUUGCUUCUUGUGGAUGCGAGGGGGGUCUGA